AAAUCUUCACGUUCAAAAUGGCCUAAAUGGGGCGAAGGCGAUCCUCGGUGGAUUGUGGAGGAGCGACCGGAUAUGCCACCAAUGUUAAUAACUGGCACUGGUCCGAAAAAAAUGCCAGUGGUUGGAGCAAAGAGAAGAUUAAGAGCCUGUUUGAGGGCAUGGUGUUGGAGGAACCAGGACUCGCCAAAGUAACCAUCAAGGAAGUGUCCAAGUGUGAUGGGGAGGCCAUGGUCAACAACCGCAAAGGGAAGCUCAUCUUCUUCUAUGAGUGGGACAUCAAGAUGGACUGGGUGGCUAAGAAGGAGGAUGAGCCCAAGAAGGACAUCAAGGGCCACAUCCAGAUACCCAAUCUCUCAGAGGAGAAUGAGCCAUGUGAGAUUGAUGUGUCUGUAAGUGUGACAGCUGGAGGCUCAGCAGGGGAUGAUGUGAAGGAGUUCCUGAGAAAGAAGUGUGAGAAAGUGAUACAAUCAAAAGUUGCAGAUUAUAUCACUGCUCUGAAGAGAGAGUAUGCCACUGACUUAAUCCUGCCAACAAAGGGACAGGCUGUGACAAAGCAAAGUAAAACAAUCCUAUCUCCACCUCCUUCUGAGAACUCCCUAUCGGCUAACGUUACAAAUACUACAAAUAAUAUGCAGAAAAUGGGACUGGGCUGUAAAAUAGACACAUCCCAAAUUACACUGACUGAACGUUUCAAGUGCACUGCUGAUGACAUCUACAGAGCACUUACUGUGAGGGAGGUGAGGAAAGCAAGAAAGUAGAACUCUGAUUAAUAU